GCCGCCCGCCCGCGGCGCGCCCGUGCUCAGCGGUGCUCCGCGGCAGGCCCCCGGCGCGCCCGUGCUCAGCGGCGCCUCCUCGCCGGUGCCCUCGCCGCCCCGCCGCUCCCCCCAGCAGCAGCACCGCGCGGCCGCCGCGCCCGUGCACGCGGCCGCCGGGGGGCCCUUCGCGGCGCAGAGGCACGCGGCGCCUUCGUGGGAGGAGCGGCACUGGGCCGGGCUGCGAGACCCGUCGCCGAGGUCGGGCCGGUGGAGCGCCGUCUCGAUCGCGGCGCCGGGCCCGGUGGUGCCGCUGGCGGUCGCGGCCGAGGCCCUGCAGCGCCACGUCACCGCCGGCUCGGACUUCUCCACGUCAGCCGCGGCGUGCCGAUGGAGCGUGGUGGGCACCGCCGCCGCCGUCCGGGCCGCGCCAGCCCCGGCCUGUGCGGGGUGCGGGGCGAGCCUCACGCCUGACUCGCUCUUCUGCCGGCGGUGCGGCAUGCGGCAGGGCACCGAGGCUUCUCCGCGUUCGCCGCCGGAGACUCCUCCGCAGUUUGUCGCCGCGCCCCCAGCGGCCGCCCCGCCCGCCGCGGCAACGGCGGACGCCCCGCCCGCCGGCGCCAACGCCGCCGCCCCGUCGGAGGGCACCCCCCGCGCGGCCUUGGAGGAGGCGCCCGAUGCCGUCCACGCGGGCGCUGGCCAGCCCCGGCGCGCGGAGCCUUGGCCGAUCUUCGAGGACGCGCCGGGCGAGGCCGCCGACGGUUCGGGGCCGGCCCGUGACGAGGAGUCCGCCGCCGCCGCGGGCGGGGGCCAGGAACGCGAGGCAGAGGCAGAGGGCCCGAGCGCGGUGGCCUCGGCGGCGACGAUGGUCGAAGACGCGGCCGUGUCGACGUGUGCCUCGCCGCUGCCCGGCACUUCCUCGCUGACGUACCCCGCCGGCGACCCGCCGCCCCAAGGCGGCGCGGCCAGCCCGCCCCGGGGGCCCGCCUCGACGACCACCUACGGCACGGCGGGCGGGCGGACGCCGACGGGGACGCCAACAAGCGAGGCGCGCCGCUGCCCCCAGGGUGGCGGCGGCGGCGCCGCCAACCUGCCGCCAGCGGCCGCAGGCGGGCAUCGGCCCCGGGUCAGCUCCCCACCGGCGUGGCAGCAGUCGCCCCAGCAGCGGCCGCCGGCGCCGCCUCCUGCAGCGAGCCACACGCUCCCGUGGCAAGCACCGCCGUUGAGCACGGCAGCGCAGCAGCUGGCGAGGCUGACGCCCCCGCGACCGUCGUGGGCGCAGCCUGGGCAGGGCACGGCGCCCCCCUUGCCCUCGCCGUGCCACGCCGUGCGCGUGCUCGCGAGGAGCCCUCCCCCUAACACCCGCGCCGCGGCGCAGCCCCGCUCGCCGACCGCGGGCUGGCGGGAGGUGCCCGCCCCGGCGCAGCCCCGCUCCCCGCCGCAGGCGUGGCGGGAGUGCGCGGCCGCCCUUUCGCGUGCGGUGCAGGAGGGUGGCCCCAGCAGGGCCGACGGCGCCGGGCGCGCGCGGUCGCCGCAGCACGCGGCUGAGGAGAGCGCCGCCGCGGAGCGAGGGGCCUUGGUCCGCUGGCGAUCGCCGUCGCCGCCCGCGCCAGCGUUCCCGCGGCGAGACGCGCAGCACGAUGGCAGCGCGCUCGGCAGGGCCCUGGCGCUCCCCGCCGGCGGCCGCCAGUUUGCGCCCAGCCUCAGUGGCUCGGCGGCAACGUUGCCGCCGCCGGGCCAGGCCUCGACCUCGCCCCGCGUGCCCGGCUGCGGCGGCGGACUCCCCGGCAGCCCCCCCGCCUCCGUGCUGCAGGAUCUGCUGCUGCGCCAGCCCAGGCUCGGCGGGGGCCCGCGGCAGCCGCAGCAGCAGCGGCCCAGCCACGCGGCGCGCGGCGCGUGCAGGGCGGCUGGCGUGGUGCACUACGCCUUUGGCAGCCCUUCGCCGGGCUCGCCCGCUUUGGCCCGGCGCCCCCCCCAGCAGGCCAGCCAGGCUCCCCUCCCGCCCGAGGCCGGCGAGGCGGUGGUCCCCGCGGCCAAAGAGCCCGAGAUAGACCUGUGGGAGCCGGGCAACGGCAGGUCGGCGAGCCCGCCGCCCGCGGCCGCCAGGGCGCCCAGGAGGAGCGCGCUGAGGAAGUCGGCGGCCCCUUCUGCUAGGGCGCACUUCGCCCCCGACGUCGACCUAGCCACCUCCCGCCGGGCCGGGGACGGUGGCGCGCAGCGGCUGGCGAUCGCCCACGCGGCGCCUGGGCAGCAGAGGGCCGCAGUGCCCGACGCCAACGUCGAGCUCACGGGCGUGUGCGUGCAGCUGCAGAACAAGUUGGGGUCCAUGCGCAGCUUCUGACUGCGACUGCUUCUAAUUUGCUCAGGACGUGGCCAGGCUCUGCUGAGCAGUGUCAGGCCGGUGCAAGAAUGAGAGAGUGACUCGUGUCAGUGACAAGCUAGUGCAACAAGAACUAAGCGACUUGUGUCAGUGGCAGGCCAGUGCAACAGAUCGGUAAGGCGACUUGGGAUCGCGCAGCCUACGUGCCGUGCGCCCCACGGCGCUGAGGCGUGAACGGAAAAGGUACAGUUCCAUCGCGUCCUUCUGGUCAUAUUUCUCCUUCUCGCCUGCGCUGUG